AUGGCGAUACUCUCGGACUUCGAGGAGGACGACCAGAGAAAGCCGUCGUCAUCGGCGCCAGCGAGGAAGCCGUUCAGCGCUGCCCUCGAUCCGUCGGAUCCUCUGGGGUUUCUGGAAAAGGCCUUCGAGUUCCUGGCCAGGGAGAGCGAUCUGUUCAGGAGCGACUCGCUGGUUAAGGACGUCAAUGCGGUGGUGAGGAUGGUGAAGGAUAAGGUGGAGGCGGAGGAGAAGAGGAGGAGAGAGGCAGAGUCGAAGUCGGCGGCGGCGGCGGCGCCGCCUCCGCCGGUGAAAAAAGAAGAGGCUGUGAAAGAAGUGGUUAUGGAGGAGAAGAAGAGCGAGAGUAAAGUGGAAAUGGAUGAGAAGGGGCGUCGAGCUCCAAACAAGAUCAAUGGCCUUGACCUGGAUACUCACUCAUGGGGUCAAUCUUUGCAAGAGGUUAACAUCACUAUUCCCGUGCCUCCUGGAACUAAAUCUCGAUUCAUUGCAUGUGAGAUUAAGAAAAAUCAUCUCAAAGUUGGGCUCAAAGGUCAACCACCGAUUAUUGAUGGAGACCUUUUCCAGCCCGUCAAAGUUGACGAUUGCUUUUGGAGUUUGGAGGACCAGAAAUCAAUCUCCAUUCUCUUGACAAAACAAAACCAGAUGGAAUGGUGGAAAUACUUGGUGAAAGGUGAGCCAGAGCUCGACACGCAAAAAGUUGAACCGGAAAACAGCAAAUUAGCCGACCUCGACCCGGAGACACGUUCGACUGUUGAGAAGAUGAUGUUUGACCAAAGGCAGAAGCAAAUGGGACUCCCAACAAGUGAUGAGAUGCAGAAACAGGAAAUACUGAAGAAGUUUAUGGCAGAGCAUCCGGAGAUGGAUUUCUCGAAGGCUAAGAUCAGCUAA